AUGGCAUUCAAUUUCGGCACACCCGCCUCCACCGGCGCAAGUGGUGGAGGCCUCUUUAACACAGCAGGCAAUGCAUUCGGCGCCAAUAAAGAUAACAAUGCGUCCGGCGGUGGUCUCUUUGGAAAUGUUGGAGCUUCGUCUGCCGGCUCUAGCGCUGCCCCAUCUUUUGGAGGGAACACAGGCACUGCAAAUGCGCCCUCUGGUGGCAGUUCCGGCUUCUCCUUUGGCGCCCAGCCUAAGACUGGAAGUACCCCAGCCGCAGGAAGCCUGUUCGGCGGCAUUGGCAGCCAAACCCCCAAUAAGACCGCGGAAUCGACAACACCUGGGCAGUCUGCUGGCGGCGGAUUGUUCGGUGCUACCCCAGCCGCUGGAGGUGCAGGUGGGAGUUUGUUCGGUGGUGCAGGCUCCACAGCCACCCCUGCUCCUGUAGGAAAUAACCUGUUUGGUACCAACUCGACUACACCCGCUGGGCCUCCACCCGGAGCGAAUCCUCCCAACACCCUUUUCGGGGCCGCAAAGCCCUCUUCCGCCGCCCCUUCCACCGCAGCAUCUACUACCCCCGCUAUCUCACAACCAUCUGGCAACCUCUUCGGUGGUGGUGGUGGAGCUGCCCCCACGCCGUCAUUUGGCGGAGCCGCCACUACCGCAGCUGCGCCUGCCGGCGGUCUGUUUGGUGGUUUAAACAAACCAGCCGAGUCAAGCACUCCCUCAGCUGCUCCAGACGCUGCCAAGCCAUCAUUGUUUGGCGCGGCCCCCGGUGGUGCGCAAUCGCAGACCCCGUCUCUCUUCAACAAAGCAACUCCUGGUGGAGACUCAGCCCCGAAGCCUGCAUUCCCAACGCUUGGUGGCGCUUCUUCUGCCACGACCUCUAGCACAACCCCCUCCCUCGGAGCCCCGGCCACCUCAACUGCCACGCCCCAAAAGUCCAUGUUUCCCUCCAUAGGAGGCGCCACUUCCACAUCUGCCCCCUCCAGUACUCCAGCGGCUGCCCCUAGUGGAGGUCUCUUUGGUGGAAUUGGCAGCUCCGCUUCCUCCACAACUCCUGGGACAACAGCAGCAACUACGGCGCCUGCUCCCACACCUGCCCCCGCGGGUGGUCUGUUCGGGAAGGCUGCAUCUUCCGCGCCUACGACAACCCCUUCUGCAGCGCCCACCCUCGGGACUCAGACUGCCGCUCCAGCCACAGCUGCACCUGCUAGUACUGCUCCAACUGGAGCUUCUGCACUUGGCCAAUCAACCGCUGGCCCGGCCCCUCCCGCACAGUCACGCUUGAAAAAUAAGACCAUGGAUGAAAUCAUCACUCGGUGGGCUACGGACCUCGGUAAAUACCAGAAGGACUUCCGUGAGCAGGCAGAGAAGGUCUCCGAGUGGGAUCGUUUACUGGUUGACAAUGGCACCAAGGUUCAGAAGCUAUAUGGUAGCACCGUUGAUGCGGACCGCGCAACCCAGGAGGUUGAGCGCCAGCUAGCAGCAGUUGAGGGCCAACAAGAUGAGCUGAGCUCCUGGCUUGACCGAUAUGAACAUGAGGUGGAUGAGAUGGUCACUAAGCAGGUGGGCCCCGGGGAAUCCCUUCAAGGGCCGGAUCAGGAGCGCGAGGCAACUUACAAAUUGGCCGAGAAGCUCUCGGAGCGCUUGGACGAGAUGGGCAAGGACCUUACCAGCAUGAUCGAGGAGGUGAACAGCGCUUCAUCUACCCUGAGCAAGACUAACAAAGCUGACGAGCCGAUCUCGCAAAUCGUUCGCAUUCUCAACGCACACCUGUCCCAACUGCAACUUAUCGACCAGGGUACUUCUGAUCUGCAGACCAAGGUUGCUGCGGCUCAAAAGGCCGGUCAAUCGAUCUCUGCUCGUCUCGGGUACGGUUAUAACAACACUGGCAUGGGAAAUGACAAUACCGCUGAUGAUUUCUACCGCUCCUUCAUGCAAGGGCGGUAA